UUGUGGUAACGAUAAUGCUGCAGUAAAUCUCAAAAACAGAUGCUUGUGAUUUUCCUAGCUCAAUUUAAAUUCUACGAAUAAAAGUGUGAAUUAGCAUAACUAGGUGUGCUAUAUGGCUAACGGACAGCCAUGUCGAUGUAGCAAUAUAUAAUGCAGUGUGUUGCGGCGGUGUGAUUCGCUUUAAUGUUAAUUUACUUCAAAUUAACUGAGUAUUUUUUGGACUGCUAACUGACCAAACAUGGCUGUAUAAAAGCAUGAAACAAUACGACGUGUAACCAAGCUUAAUAAAAACUACAAUCGUGUAAUAUGUCCUUGAAAUGAAAGCUCACCGGUGUAACGGAGUGGUUACCAAUGGAGACAGGAGACGCCUAAUCAGAUUUAGCUAAGUAAGCUAGUUAGCUAGCUACAAUAACAUUAAAGCUACAAGGAGAUAUUCAACAUGGCUUCAAAGCGGAAGGGCAAACCAUCCAAAAGUUCUUUCGGAGAUGAAGAUUUGCUUGACAGCUUAUUUGAUGACGAAAAACUCCCAGUACGGGGCAAAUCAACCCGCAGUGGGCAACUGAAUCGCACUUCUGCCACUGAUAACAUCUUCAGUAUGCUAGCAGAGGAGGUGAAGAGGGAUGGUGGGGACACUGAGGACUCUGAUGUCUCAGCAGCAGAUCCCAAUGACAUUUUGAAGAACAUGAAGGACAUGGAUGAUAUGGAUGCUGACCUUUUUGCACCAAAGAAAAAGCCCAGCUCAGCUCCUGCACAAUUAAAGCUGUUUGGUAAUGAAGGGCCAAAGAAAGACUCAUCAACCAUAGAAAGUAAAGCAAAGCCAGGGGGAGCAGAUGAACCCACCACAGGAGGGAGGAAGACAUACUCUGCACCCACGUCCACAGCGCAUAACUACAAGAAGUUCACUUUCUCAGACAGUGGGGGUGAAGAUGAAGGUCAGACUCCUGACACUAAAGAUGUUGACGACCCCCUGGCGGAUCUACUUGAUGAUUUGCUUCCAGAUGAAACUAAGCCCGAGCCUAAAUCUAUCAUACAGAAAGCCAAACGUGAAAAAGCACCGCCAUCUCCUACAGCGUCGCCUAUCCUAAAGACUCCAACAUCUAAAGCAGCAACUAAACGAAGUGAUCUCACAUUUGAUGACGACAAGGAGGAUCUAAUGGACGCACUCGGAUUUGACGGUGAUAAUAAAAACCCUCCGAAGAAAAAAGAGGCUGCGCUUUGGUCCAACAAGGACAGGAGUGAGACCCCUCAGAGGCCUCGUACCAAACUAGAUGAGAUUCUGGAGAGUUUGACCUCCCCUCGUCUUCUGGAGAGACCUCCGACGGGCGAGAAGAAGGAACAAACUCAAGAGAAGCCGCAACAGGAUAAGACGUUUACCGUUAAAGAAACACUUCCAGAAGAGGACCUCACAUUUGGCUCCUAUCAGCCCACUCUGGGGUCCACGCCUGAGGCGCGCCAGUCCCGCAGACACUCUGUCAGAUUCUCCACAGAGGAUGUCAGUCCCUCUACCCCGGAGAAGAAACCAAAGCCCUCCACCCCCAUUUCUACACGGCAGCGAGCAUCGGCUGACUGGCUCGGCCUGAAGACAAAUGAUGACCAGAUCUUUGCAGAGGAUGACGCCAAAGAGACUUCAACAGACUCUCCAAUACCUCCCUCCUCCCCUUCAUUAGAGAAAAGACCCUCUCUGACUGGUAGUAAUGCCACAUUGGCUGUUAAAGUGGCAGCAGACACCCCUACCGUACCUGCUACUAUCGCCAAACAAACCCAGCCAGAGGUCUCUAAAAGCCAGCCGAAAGAGGAGGAGGAAGAUGAUUGGUUAGCAGGAGCUCUGAGCAGGAAGAAGGGUCUGUCUGUGACACACUCUGAGGCAAAAACAUCCAAACAGGAAGAGUCUUUAGGCCUGGGAGAAGAAGUGGAUCUGGAGUCGACUGUGAGUCAACAAGUGGCUUCACAAGCUCCCAGGGCCAGAGAGGACACUCUUACAUCUGUCACGGAAGCUAACAGCACUUUUCUCGGACAGCAAAGCCCCAACGCUCACUCCACUCCCGUCAGAGAGACGAGGACCAGGCAAGAUUGCCCUCCUCAAUUACCUCGCCCUCUGCCAGUCUCUACUGCUAGCGUUAGCCACACCCAGCCUCAAUCCCAACCCCUCCACCUACCACCCCAUAAGGGAUCCGGGAUCCUAAGAGGACCCAGUCAGGCUGCGGAUGAAACGCCCCAACAGCUGCCACUGCUCCACCCUACCUCUACUACACUGCCUGGCUCAAUGUGGUCUGUUCAGCAGCCAAACCAAAUGCAGAAUACAUCAAGUGCUGUCCAACAACAGGUGCCACUCUCAGCAGACUUUCUGCAGCAGCUGCUUCUACAACAGCAGAUGAUGCAGUCUCAGUUGCUGGGUCUCGGGGGGGUCAAUGUAAGAGAGCAGCAAGCUGGAGAUUAUCAAGCUUUACAGGCUUGCAUCAUCCAACUGGAGGGACAGGUGAAGACUCUGCAGCUGGAGCGAGAGCAAAGCCAAAUGUUGCUAGCGAGUGUCCAGCAGCGGCAUAAACAGGAUAUGGAACUCAUGGAAAACACAAACAAGGCUCGCGUGAAGCUGCUCGAGGAAUCGGCAGCCCAGAGGGAGACACAAGCGCGACAGGAGUGUGAAGACCUAAUAGAACGUCUGGCAGCAGCAACACGAUCCGCCGAGCAGGAACGCUCUGAGCUGCAGGCUCAGUACCAGCGCAAACUGACCCAGGCCCAGCAGGACAGAGACCGCGAGGUGGAGAGGCUCCGAGACCUCCAGAGGAAAUCUGUCUUGGAGAUGAAGAAGGACCACGAAGACCAGGUCAAGAGACUGAAGAAGCUAAAGGAGGAGGAGAUUGAUGCUGUAACAAGCGCAACAUCACAGACCAGGUCCCUCACGGGGGUGAUUGAGCAGAUGGAGCAGUUCUCCUCUCGGCUGGGGGAUCUCUCUUCCCGGGUGGAGAGCACACAUGAACACACGGCGCAGGGCCUGGAGCAGGGGGCACGGCACCGAGACGAGCAGCUUCGAAUGAUGCAGGAGCGUCUGGCCCAGCAGCAGAAGGCCAUGGCGGAGGAGAGAACGUACCUGAAGGAAAUAAUCUCCAGGAUGGACUCUCAGCUCAAUGAGCAGCAGAGACAACUUGAGAAGGACCGCUGGAAGAUGACAGCAGAGCAGGCCAAGGCAGAGUCUACCCAGAGAGGGCUGGAGGGAGAGCGGCACGCCCUCAGUUUGCAGAUCAACAUGGAACGAGAGGAGCUGGAGAGAGCUAAGAGUGCACUCCUGGAGGAGCAGAAGUCGGUGAUGCAGCACUGUGCGGAGGAGAGGAGGAAGCUGGCUGCUGACUGGACCCACUUCCACGCCCUGGAGAAGCAGAGGCACGAGAGGGCCGAGCGGGAGGUCAGCAGUCUGUUGGAGAGGAGGGAGGGCUCCAUCAUCAGUCUGGCACAGGAACAAGCUGACUUAAAGCUUCACACCGGGGAGCUGAAACAGAAGCAGAUGGUUGUGGCACAGGAGAGGGAGACUCUGGAAAGACUGAGAGAGGAACUGGACAGCGAGAAAGACAGAAUCAGCAGCACCGCGCUGAGACUCAAGACACGAGCCCAGGAGGUGGAGGCCUUCAGCAAGCUUGCUGCAGAGAAGUUUGAGGAAGGAGAACGAGCGUUGCAGGAGGCAAAACGAGUGGAGACUGACCACGAGGCGAGACUCAGAAAUAUCCAUUCGCAGACAGAGCGGCUGAGGCAGCAAGAACAACGAAUCCAUCAGGAGCGAAUGCGGUUAAGUCAUCUGCAGAAGGACACAGAGAUGUCGAGACAAGACGCUCCCAUUAGCUCGUUUGCACAAAUUACACCAAGCCUACCAGAUUCAGUGUUGCCAAACCCCGAGCUGACAUCAACCCUGAACUUUCCACCUCUGACUUCGUUGGCCAACUCUAAGUCCAUGGCUCUCCAGGCUAGUCUGACUCUCUGGAAGUACACGGCAGAAAAGGACCGUGAAUACCUCCAAGAAGAGCAAGUGUUCUUGGAGAAUUUAAAGAAGAAAUCUUACAGAUCGACCUUCAACACAGAUUGACCAAUGCAUGCUGGGCACUCCCAGUAAGAUUCGUGCCAUU